GUUGUUCCGGGGGUGGAGUCUGAUGCUGGUGUUGAUGAGGAACAGAAGACAGUUGAAGGGAGAGAGCAAAGCAAGGACAUGUAAACUGUUUCCCAGCGAGAGAACUGAAAUCUAAAGCGAUUUAAGCGGAUAAAAUGCUAUUUUGAGCGGAUUUCAUAUCGGCUGUCUUGUCUCUGCUCGCGCGCGCGCGCGCGCUGGAGUUUCGGGUGGUUUAGCAUCAUGACUCCGCGGAUGAUCGUCGCGUUGCUUCUCAGUUUCUUCAGCUCAGGAAUUCUGUCUCUCCAGGUGACUCUCUCUGAGACAGAGAGACGCACAACUCUUUUUGCUUCGGUCACUUUACGGUGUGAUUUCUCGACAUCGGCUCCACUGCAAAAUGUGAUUGUCACCUGGACAUUCAAAUCCUUCUGUAAAGAUCCGGUUCUGGAGUAUUACUCCACAGCGUAUCAGUCCGCCCUUCAGUUGGGUCAAGACCCUGCCAAUGACUGUCCAGACUCACAACGUACCGUCAGAAAUGUGGCUCAAAAAGUGGGCUCUGGUGAGGCGAUUUUGGGCGCUGAGUACCGGGAUAGAAAAGUCUACAUUCAGAACAAGGCGGAUCUGGUCAUCAAUGAGGUGAUGUGGUGGGAUAACGGCAUGUAUUUCUGCGCGGUGAAUGCACCUGGAGACACAAUUGGAGAUCCUGACAAGGAAAUGAAGCUCAUAGUGUAUCAUUGGCUGACGGCUUUUCUGAUCGUCCUUGGAGUUCUGAUGCUUGUCCUUCUGCUGUGUAUCUGUUGCUGUCAGUGCUGUCCACAGAAAUGUUGCUGUUACAUCCGCUGCCCGUGCUGCCCACAGACCUGCUGCUGUCCUGAGAAAGCGGUUAUGCAGCACAGAUUUAUGAAAGAAGCUCGGAAAGCCAUGACUCCCUGGAUGAACGGCCAGCCGAUCUACGCACCAAUGAGCAACCACAGCUCCUCCUAUCAGAUGAACCCUAUGCUGUACCCAGGCUCAGCAUCGGGGAAGGGUGGUAUGACUCCGGUUCCCCUCCCACAUCCUCAAAUGGGACCAAUGCCCAUGAACAUGGCGCCCCCUAGCGUUCAUGGCAACGGCAGCGUUCACGGGAACAACCACAUGCUGAACUAUCUGGAGAGUCAGGUGAGGGGUAUGGACGCCAACAGUCCGCUUCUGCAGCCGCAGCCCGCCAUCCCGAUGCAGUACAUGCCUCCCCCUCCCCAACUCAUGCCUCAACAUGUGCCCUUCUCCGCCGGCCCUCCCAGCAUGCUCUCAGCCCUGGACGACAGACGUGGGAAGAACAGGGUCCCGUUGGGAGCACGCUCACACUCCAGCGGUUCUUCUGCCUACGGAGCCCCGCGACGCGACGACCGGCGCCAUCGUCCAGGUAUUCCCCGGAGCUACAGUCAGGAAGACGUUCUGGACCGCCGUAGCCAAUCCAGAGCGUAUCCUCCACGAUCCAGAUCCAGGGACGAUCUAAUGGCCGACGACGGCAGAGGACCACCUAGACGAGAUGAUUAUUCGCCUGUACCUCAGGGUUCAUGGAGACCGUCCAAUGAAGAGGACAGGCGGCAUGGAGCAGGUUGGGGAGAUCAUCCUCCGAACUACAGUGAAUAUGAGCCAGGAAAGAAGCCAACAAAGCGGCCGGAACGCUUCUCCGUAAGGGAUAAAAGUUCACGCAGUGGCACCAGCAUUGUCAUCUGAUGUCCACCGACUGCACAUUUAUUACAAACUUGUGUGUGUUCACGUGCACAGACUGAAGAGAAGCAAAACAUUUUCUUAAAGUGAAGUGAAACGUUUUUAUGAAGAUUUUUUCCCCCUUUUUUUGCAAGACAAUGUACAUUUUGAGUAAAUGUGAAUCAACAUUGGAGAAAGACUACCUUAAGUUUAAUGGUUUCUUGAUGAAAUAUUUCUUAUUUGAAAGUUGUUGGGGUUUUGAAAAGAAGGUAUGUAAAUACAUGUUGUUGUAUUUAAUUUUUUUACAGUACAGAGCAAUAAAACAGUAGAGAUGAUUUUUUUUUUCUUCCAUUGAUGAUUAAAAUAUGAACGAAGAGUAAAAUAGUAUUUUGUUUGUGUAGCAUCUCAUGUUGUUGUCCGUACAUGAUGAAAAACUGAAGGACCGUGUGUAAAGGCUCUUGUGUGUGUAUAUAUAUCGUGGUGUAAAACUCUUUCUUGCCUCUUUGUAAAUUGUAUUUUCUUCUGUAUUCUUAAGAAUUUCUGUAAUUUCAAAACUGGAUUUUAUAUUUAACAUUACACAGUUUGUGAACAUGUGAA